CCCCCUUUAAAAUUGUUGAAAAUCCUUGGUUUCAUAAAAUGAUAAGUGCUCUUGACUCAAGAUAUGUUCCACCAACACGUAUCUACAUAAAGGAAAAAUUAAUAUCUCAAUUCAAAGAUCAAAAGAUACUAGUUGCAGAAAAGCUUAGCAUUUCAAAUAAUAAAAUUGCUCUUAUAGCAAAUAUUUGA